AUGAAAAUUACAAAUUUAAUUGAACAUAUUGAAACAAAUGAUGAUGAUGAUGAUGAUGAUAUUGAACUAAAGUUUGAAUCAGGGACACUUAAAGCUAUUUCAAAACUGUCAUGGUUGAUUUUAUUUGAAACUAGAGCGUUGUUGUUAACUUUUCUACAGAGAAAUAAAGAAUACUUCAAAAACAAUACAUUACAAAUUACAACUCAACGAAGAAAUUCCUCAUCAACUAUAGUAUCAAUUGAUUCAAUUGGAGAUUUAAUAACUCAAUUGCGUGAUAUUUCAAAUGGUAUUCAUAAAAUUUUAAAUUUUCCAAAUAAAUUAAAAUUAAUCAUUAUUAGUAACUUAUCUGAUUAUUAUUGGGAUUUACAAAAUUUAAACCAAAGAAACUAUCUGGAUUUUAAUCUUAACCGAUACUUGUCCAAUGAAGAAAUAUAUAAAGAAUUAAUCUUACUUGUGAAUAAAAUUAAAGUUAAAUAUAAUUGUGUUGUUAUUAUUUUAAGUUUUGAUGCAAUGUUUGAAGGUGGUUUAAAUUCAGAUAAUAAAACAUAUUAUUAUAAAUCUGAAAUUCAAAAAUAUAGUAGACUACCAAAAUUAUUUUUAGAGAAUUUGAAUCAUAUAUGUCAUGUUGCUGAAUUCACGGAAAAGUUGAAUAAAAUUGAAAAUGAAUGGGAAGUAGUAUCACAAUUUUAG